AUGGUAGAAUCUAUAAGGAAUUCAGUUGGACUUAAUAGGGAAGGAAAGGAAGAAACUAAUAGAAUAAAGGGUCCGGAGCUAAUGGAUAUCCUUAAGAUAAGAAAUUCUGACAACUCUGGAAAAGACUUGAAUCCAAGAGAUAUACCAGAAUCGGAUGCCCGUGAUGGACAGCGUAAAACAUCUCUGUCUCUUGGGGGAACGGAAAUUGAUGAAGAUUUAGAUGAUUUAUAUGAUGCGAAGGAACAUAAUGCCAAGAGCGAGGAAGCUCUAUCACAAAACACAUCUGUGAAUGAAGUCAUUCCUCCGGAAAACUUUAGUCACGUUGUGGGAGAGAUAUAUAGGUCAAGUUUUCCGCGUUCAGAGAACUUCUUCUUUUUGAAGGAGAGAGUAAAGCUAAGAAGCGUUCUGGUGCUGAUACCGGAGGAAUAUCCGCAAGAGAACCUGGAGUUUCUUGAACGUGCUCAAAUACAGCUAUUCCAGAUAGGCAUGAGCGGGAAUAAGGAGCCAUUUGUUAACAUACCGAACGAUUUACUAACGAAAGCGCUGGAAAUAGCGAUAAAUCCUGCUAACCACCCAAUACUGAUACAUUGCAACCGAGGCAAGCACCGCACGGGCUGCCUUGUAGGUUGUAUACGCAAGUUUCAAAACUGGUCACUGACGAUGAUAUUUGACGAAUACCGCAGAUUUGCGUUUCCAAAGGCCCGUGCUCUUGAUCAGCAGUUCAUUGAGAUGUAUCAUAAUCAAGAGCUAGUUGAAAUUGCUAAAAAGAAUAUGUGGCUACCGAUAGCAUGGUGA